CUGGACCAAUGAGGGGUCGGUCCAUGGUCGCUAGGAUACAGAGCAGGAGCCUCUGUACUGGCCAUCUUGAGCGGUUGAGACCAACUGGCAUCUUCCUGCACUUGACCGCACUGAACCGCACCGCAGCACGCCACAGCGCACUGUAGAUCCAGGCGGGUCGGAGACAGUGCACCCCAGCACCCAUCAUGUCUGGGCAAAGGAGCCGCGGAGGGUCUUCUGAUCACCAGAGGCGGAACCGCACCCGCAGCCGCACCAGCAGAGCUGAAUUGACCUUCUCCGUGAGCCACCUGGAGCACCUCCUGCGGGACGGCCACUACACCCAGCGUCUCAGCGCCAACGCACCCGUGUACCUGGCGGCCAUCAUCCAGUACCUGACGGCCACGGUCCUGGAGCUGGCGGGCAACGAGGCCCAGAAAAUCGGCUGCAGGCGCAUCACCCCGGAGCUGCUGGACAUGGCGAUCCACAACAACGCACUGCUCAGCGGCUUCUUUGAGAACACCACCAUCUCCCAAGUGGCCCCGGGCAGGCGGUAGCUUCCCAACAUGACCUGGGCUCCCCGGGCCUCGGCCCACUCACAGCCCAGGCAGCCCGGGCCUGUCUGGCGCCUUGGGCCAAGUUAUUGAAAAUAAAGUGUUGAAGGAAACCCAUGUGCCUGCUUCAGUCACUCUGUGUGGGAGGUGGUUGGAGGGAUGGGCUGGUGGUGGUGUGUUCCUGGGGGCGGGGGUGGAGUCGGGGAUGACAAGAGAGGAGCAGCCCCCCAUGGUGACAGUGCAGGGGGUGGUCCAGGGUGGGAGAGGCCGGCUGGGUGGGGGUAGGCUGGGGUCUGGAAAACUCCCCCAUCGUCUCUGAGCAAGUCAGAGCCUGGCAAGGUCCCCAGAAGGCUGGUGUUCACUGGGGUGGAGUGCAAGACCAUGACUCAGGCAUCGUGAUAGGGUGAAGGUGCAAUGCCAACCCGCCUGCAGAAUGGAGGGGUGGACAGAGUGGUUGGCAUCGACUCCCAUGGGGCAGUGGCUUUGACGGAAAGAUUGAGGUCUGAUGCGGGGGCGGAGGGGAAGACAAGAAGAAAGACGCAAAGUCGGAAUGAGGGUCAUGCGGGAUCACGAGUUUAGUUUUGAUCCUGUUCCUUUAGACAUGCUGGAGACACCCUUAGCAACAUGUGUAAACAAGCUGUCACCUAGCAACAGAGGGCUUGCGUCCAGGCCCCGCCCCAGGACCCGUGAUUUGUUUAUGCUCUUUGCACCAGGCCAGGCCCCGCCCCAGGACGCCGAUAUUUUGCAUAUCACCACGACAACCAGGGGGCGCGGGGCUUAGGUGCGGGAGCCUGCGUGCUGCCCGGCUGAGCCGGACGCAGGGCACCUUGCAGCCA